AUGGAGAGGGUUGUUCGUGUUGAUGAUCAUCUCUCGCCGAUGCUCGAUGAAGACGCGCUCUUGGUCAUCAUGGACGAAGUGUGGAGCGAGCUGGACCACCUGCUGCCGCAGUUUGAACUGCUAGGCGACGACACUGGAGCUGACAAGGGAACACGCCGAAGCUUCAGUACAAUAUUUCAAAACGCAGAGUUGAAGUCGCUGCUGCGCCAGAACCCUAGACACUCAUGUGCUCGACCUGAACCUGAACAAGCAGGUGGAAGAGCUGCUCCAAAUGCUGCCGCACUGAAUGAACAUGGCGUCCCGUACGACGCAACACAGGACGAUGCCUUGUUCAGAAAGAUGGCAAGCAACGUGGACGAUCAGAACAGGAACAUGGAGGAAGUUCUCCGUCUUGUAGGGCUUCAAGAGGGCAACCCGGAGGUGACCAACGCCUUCAUUUGUCAGUCAAAGGGUCAGAGACGUGGGAACUUACUGGAGUCUCGCACGCGAAUCCUACUGCCAUUUGCCAGCCAAACUAUGGUAAAGGCUUUUUGGAGAAACGUCGAGAGUGAUGAGGGUGCAACGCUGAAGACGAAGCAAGCCGCCAGAAACCCUGUACGUACGCUCCUCCAUAAGUAUUGUGCUAUGGUUGUUAUCUCUAACAAUCCACUUGUUUGGGGUAGGCUCGGCUUGGCCUCUCGUAUCGCUGUUCAGAAGUACGAUGGUACGGUGGUGGUGGGCGAAUACAACUACACCAUGCGAAUGGUGACGAAGCCGUUCAUCGAGAAGGACCGCGUUGUCCAAGCGUUUGAGCGCAACCGCAGAAUGACCUGA